AUAGCUUAAAUUCGAAGCAUGUAUCGCGAUUUUUUCAGUUUUAUUGUGCCUAUUUUAUAAAAUGUCUUCCAAAUACAUUAAUUUACUUACCGUAAUUUGUUGUUUUAAAAAUUUAAAUAAAAUAAAUGCAAAAAUGUACAGUAAUUAAAAAUUAACAAAUUCUGUUAUAACAUCUUGCAUUUUUUGGUAAUUUUAUAUUUCCCAGUAUGCAAUAGCAUUUUGAAAUAGAAUGUACAUGUUCGAAAUAACCACUUGUAGAGCUACGAUUCGGAAAAAGUAGCUUUUACUGUUUGUAUGAAAUAGGAGAUAAAUAAAAUAUAAGAAGACAGUAAUAAUGCGUAAUAUCGAGAUAAAAGCGAAAAUUAGUGAUCCAGAGAACAAAAUUUCCUUAACUAAACAAAUUACGGACUCUGAAUGCAAAAUCAUAAAGCAGCAUGACACAUUUUUCAAAGUAGCAGAAGGUCGAUUAAAACUACGAGAAUUUGAAGAUGGAUCAGGAGAAUUAUUAUAUUACAAAAGAUCAAACAUUUUGGGCCCGAAGCUGUGUGACUACAAGAAGACAAGUCUAAAUCCCGAUGCUUGUACCGGAGUUAAAAAUAUUUUAACUGAGUCAAAUGGUUGUUUAGGUAUUGUUAAAAAGACUAGGAAGUUAUAUAUGGUUGGUGAGACCCGUGUGCACAUUGAUGAUGUAGAAGGUUUAGGAAAUUUUAUGGAGUUGGAGGUUGUUUUGUCUGAUGAUAGCACUAUCGAGGAAGGAGAAAAAAUUGCUCAAGAUUUAAUGACAAAAUUAAGCAUACAAAAGGAAGAUCUAAUUGCAAAUGCUUACAUAGACUUGUUAUUAGAUAAGUAAAUUAUAUAACUGCAGAAAUAUAUAUUUUAUAUAAUUAAACUCAUACUACUCUGUGUGUAAUCAUACUACUACUUUAUGUGUUAGACUUGUAUUGAGACCUCAAUACUCUUACGAGUGAAAUAUAUAUUUUCACAGAGAGGACCAA